CGGAACAGAGCAUGCGCUUGUGUUUUCAAAAUUCCAAUAUGGCGGCCGAGGUAAGCGUGAAAUUUUGUAUUUUUUCAUAGUUUUUCAUAAUUUCUAUUACUUAACAAGCAACACGUAUGACAAAAUAUUAUUAUUAUAUUUUAAAGGAUAUAGUAAAGCAUUCUGUGCAUACGUUGGUAUUUCGUUCGUUGAAAAGAACUCAUGAUAUGUUUUUACACAAUCACACUUUUCCACUGGAAAGAGACGCGGAAAGGUAUGUUGUUUACAGUUGUUUAUCUAAAAUAUAUAUUAUUAAAUAACUGGAAUGUGAUGCCAAAAGGUGUCUGUUUAUAGUUGUUUAUUUAAAAUAUAUACUAUUAAAUAUCAGUUCAUCUAUAAAGAUAUGUUCCUUCUCCAUAGGCCAGACUGCAGAGUCUGGCAAGUGCACACCCAAGAUUUUUUUUGGCCAAUGGUAUUGCACACUUAACACAUAUUUCAAAUGUUUCCAGUUUUGUCGGACAUUAUGCUUCAGUCAUUGAAACCACGGGCCCCCACCCCCGGGACAUAGCGGGGAAUUUAAUGUACAAGUCAAUUCCAACUGCGAUCAUGCCCUCCCCCCGGGCGAACCCCCGGGAAUUUGACUUUUCAGAAAAAAUACGGUCAAAUUUCCGACGGUACGGGCGAAACCCAUUGUCAAAUUCCCAACGGUGCGGGCAAAAACAUAGUCAAAUGCCCAUAUCUGCCUUGUGCGUUUCCCAUAUAAUUUUUAGGACAUGAAGAGAACCAGCUAGACUUUAAAUGUUUAUUUAAUUUUAUGAUCGGCUCAAAACGUUUAGUUUUGCAAUUUUAUAUAUAGUUUUGAAAUGCUGUUUCUUUUUUAUGCUCGCUAGUAUUGUAAGUUUAAUUUCUUUUUAUCUAUAAAAUAUCAUGAAGACACAUAACUUUUGAGACAAAUUCUGCAAAAGAACAAGCAAUUACAGCCUUUUUGACGUCCCUGGUCGAGUUCCAAACUUUAUAUAACGGCAUUUUAUAUAAAAACUAUUCACGCCGUGCAGUAUGUUUUUAUACACGCAAAAAAAAUCACGUUCAUCAACGUUCAUCUACACCACAGCUGUGUCUACACCAAGCACUUAGCGCGACCGCUGGCCAACUUUGCGCCAGUGAUAAGUCAAAUGAAAGGGGUCAAAUGCCCGAUGAUGAGGGAAUGUUUUUGCGUCAAAUUCCCGCCUAUGCAGGAUUAACCUCUGGUCAAAUCCCGAGGGUUCGCCUGGGGGGGGGGGGAUGAUCGCAGUUGGAAUUGACUCAUGCAUAACACUGACCAAGUGUUAAAAAAACAUUAAUUCCCCCGCCCCUGGGGCAAACUGUUCAGUUACGGAGUACAGCCGGGCUUCAGUAUAUCUAAACUAUAAAUACAAGACAAAUUCCGCACCAUGCAUGCAUUUGAGUUACCGGUGUUCCGCAACUUCCAGAUUGAAUUUCCGUCAAGUAUUCGAGGUCGGUGUUUAAAUACUGUAUAUAGCUAUCAAUUACAUGGCCCUACAGGUUAGUCACCAAGUCUACCUCAGCUUGUUGUGAGUUUUUUAAGGAGCAAAAGAAAAAGUGAGAUCUGAAAACGAUAGAGCAAAAUGUUUAACAAGCGAAAAACCUGUUAAGCUGCCCGUGUUUUGUCUGACACGCAGUGCAUUUUACUAUAUUAUUCUAACAAUGAAAAGGCGAUGCCUGAUGCUUAUUGAAUAUUAACGGCAACGGAUGGCUGAGUAUAGAGACACACACAUUAUGCUUGAAAGUGUUCCCUUUUAUAUUCCAUUCCAUAAUUCCUUUAUAGUCCAAAAAUUCUGCGUACACGACGUAUUCGGACUUCGGAGACGGUACACACAUGCACGCCUCGGCGCCAGCCUGUGGGCAGAUUACGGAAUUUACGUUGGCACGAUGACAUCAUACCGACACAUUUCCCUAUUCCCGCUUUCGUCUAGUAUUCUUGGUUUCGAAAAAAUCCCCUAUUAUUCUAAAAGAAAUUCCAGCAUAAUGUGUGUGUCCCUAUGGCUGACGAUUAAGUAUAAAAUAUAAAGUUUCAAAUGCACGUAACUGUUGAACAAGUUUUUCGCUAGUCCCUGGUUAUCCCCGGUGUAUUCAUAUAUAGUGGCUGUUAUAUCCCGGGUCAAUUCCCCGGUUAUAAAAACAUUUGGUUAAUUUCACCGUCCUCCGGGACAUAGCAUGUUGUUAAAUAGCGUUAAAUCCCCACUAAAUUUUGUUAAUCCCCCGCUAUGUAUCAGGAACGCUGAUUCAUGGGUGCAAAUGAAAAAUGUCCAUUAAAGUUUUGCGAUCAUCAGGUUGUCAUGACUGAACAAUACCGUAAAGCAUGUUAGCAUGGGCGCACGAGAACUUUCAAUUUGUCCGAUUUCCACGAGGCGCCACCAUGGUUGGUGCUGAGCAGAAAAUUUUUGAAAUUCGGAGUCGCUACAUUGUCGUAAAUGCCAUUUUCGAGUGCACACUUUUCCAUUUACAACUCAAUUAUAAGGACAUGCACAUUUUCCUUUUACAAGGACACAAAGUGUGUCAAAAACAUGCUAUUUUGUGUUAUAAUAUUAGACUUUUAACUUCGAUAGAAACAUAUAUUCUUGUUUGUUCGUCAGAAUUUGGACCACGUUUUGUUUUUCUGAGAGGUAAAUAAUAUACCUUUUGCCCGGUGUGGAUAUACACUCGGAGUAACAUCACACGCAUCAUAUUCACCUGAGUACAUUACACCAACCCCGGAAAAAAACAUUUUAGUUACGGUAUUUGUACAAAUAAACAAUCAUUGUUUAAUUAAAUAUGAAUUAAAUAUAAUUUUUGUCUUGCACACCCGAGAUCUCGUCGAAAACUGCCGUACUCUGCAGUCUGGGUGCCAUACUAUGGCUAAAAUAAUAAAACAGUAAAUAAUAAAAUGGCAUGAUGAAUCGAGGCCCACCAAGGGGUUAUGACCGACAGACGACAUUCGUUAAAAAGAGGCGACAGACUAUCUAAAAAUAGCGACAAACAACAGUUUCUGACUGAGAAAAAGUGACAAAUUGCGAUUUGUGUUAUGGGUCAAAAGUGACAGCGACAUUUAUUACCAUAAAACAAGCGACAAAGCAGCUACAAAAUUAGUGACAAGCGACCUAGGUUACACCCUUGGUGGGCCUCUGAAUUGGGGUAAUAAUAUAUUCUAUUUAUUUUUGCAGUGACAAAUUGAAAAUCCAAUGUAAAAUACGUGAUGAAUACUCUGCUGUGAAAAAUCUUCCUCUACCAAAAGAAACAACAGCAGGACUGUCAACUGAACAACUUAAAAGAUCUCAUCCUGAACAAGGUAACAUGAAGUAUUGUCAUGACACUAAUGCAUGAUUUCAUAUCAGAUGUUUUACAACCUAGGGAGCUUGACUCCCUAGGCCCCCUAGGGAGCUUGCACCUUCGGUGCUCAUUGCUCAAGUCGUUAGGAAGCCAGUUCAUUUGAAUGCUCUCCCACCACUCCCUAAAUAAUUAUAAAGAAACAUUUGGCUGCUCACCCAGCACCGAGGAAAACCUUGCUGGAUCCACCCCUGAAAUGUUCAGUUAAUUAAGGGGCCACGUCCAUAUUCAUGUUCAUCCACCCACCAGAUAACGUCGAUUGAUAUUCAGGCAUAUUUUGACCGCUAAACUCACAAUUAUUGUACUUUACUACCAUCAUUGGCUGGGAUUGUAUUUUGAUACAGUAAUUAAACAAUAUACAAUAUUCGGAUACUGGGAUGGACGGAUGGUUGCUUUGGACAUUAAUUGUCAAAUUGCCACCGAGAUAACGUUGACAAGUUCACAUAAAAACCCACCCACCCACUCAUAAUGUUGAUUCAACAUUAUUUGUGGCAACAUGAAUAUGGACGUGCCCCUAAUAAUCUGUUUGAAACUACUAUUUACAACAUGAGCAGCUGUGUUGUAUUGGAAUAUAAAAACUCGAGAGAAAUGUCUUGAUGAGAACAUUUGAGUUGUAUUAAUUAAUUUAACAAUUUAAAAUAAAUUAAUGAUAUUUGGUGAGAAAAUUGAACUUAAAAUUUAUGUAAAUCAUCGCAUUUUUUUGUAUCAGAUAUACAAAGUAUAAGUACUUCACACUCAUGAUUUCGUUUUGACAUUGGCAUCAAGUGAAAAUUAAAUUCCAGUUUGGAUAGCAACUUUAGAGUGAAUGUGUCCAUACUGUAGUUGAUAUUUAGUGGGCACCAGAAAAAUAUUCUAAUUUCCAUUCAUAUGGAAACUAAGAUAAGAUACUGUAGUAAGAGCAUUCUUUUCAAUCCAAUGAGUCUAAAACAUAUAUAAACUGUAGCUUUCCAUAUCUCUUCUAAUGCAUUUUAGAACAUUCUUCAGAUAAUGAGACUGAAGGCAACCAUAUUGGUAUUAGAGUACCUUAUUAGUUAUUGUUCCUACCAACAGCCAGAACUGUACGAACCUCCAAUAUGUCAACAACACUACAGUAGAUUUGUGAUGGUCACAUCAAUUUUUUAUUGAUAACCAUUGACUUUAUGCAUUAUAUUGUAGCAUUUAUGCAUUUAUAGGAGUGGUGCAAAAAAUAACAAUCAGUUUUCAUGAAAGAAUGGGUUGGCACGCCAAUAGGGACCUUUGCAGCUGGCCUAAAAACACUUUGCAUAACAAUAUCUGGAGGGCAAGAAAAAUGCUUUGUCUGACUCCUUUGACUACAAAUCUCACAGCUCUUCAUACUCUCCACUCACUUAUUGUAUGCAACUAUUUUUAGUCAAGUGCAAAGAGCUCAUUUCCACACCACAGAGUACUUAAUACAUACAGAGCAGUGGCGGAAACUUUGCGAAACAUUGGGGAGGGGGACCGAGUGCCGAAGAAACGAGAUUUCUAGGCGGGUCUUAGGAGCAUGAUCCCCUGAAAUAACUGCUGGAGGAUCGUCGGUCAAGGUGACCGGCCAACUCAAUUUUAGCUGGGACAUACCGAAUUUCUGGCCGGUCAAAUUAUUCUUCUUAAAGCAAAGCCUUAAUAGUAAAGUACACCCCUAAAAAUGUGACUAUUUUCUCAGUAUAGCAUUACAAAAAGCCUUACUGUAAUCAGUAAUUAAAAACUCCUUCACAUAAAACAGUUUGCACUGCGCUAAAACCAUGGCCUUAACUCUUAAGCCAAAAGCAUGGCCAUGGGCUUUGUGACGUACUGCGUGGGAAAGCUGACGUACAUUGAAGUUCUUUUCCCGCAAAAUAUUCGACAACAUGUUAUCAUGGUUCUUAUUUUAAUUAAUUAUAAUACUUGACAGUUGACAACUUUGUUUUGAUCAGUUAAUUCAAAUGAAGAUCAGUUUGUUCUUUACCGAAAGUGACCAGACAAAAUGACCGGCAAGGAAAGGAUUUGACCGGACAACUUCGCAUUCUGGCCGGACAUUGUCCGUUGACCCGCCGUUAUUUCGCGCCCUGUAUGCUAAGCAUUAAAAAAUGACAUUUCAGAGAAAAUAUUCUUGAUGAUUAAAUACAUUAAAUUUGUGAAUGGAAUUGCAAGGUGGUUUAUUAACUUUUUCUCGACAAGUCCCACGCAUCGUCAGCUUCUAGAAGCUGACGACUUUGUAUGUUCAUAUCUUCGGUUCAGUGCAUGCUAUAAAGACAAUAAUACCACCAUUUGAUUCAGUGAAACAAUAUCAACUAAUUCCUCACAAUAGUUUUAGUCAUUCGGACGUAUCUUUUUUGUAAUAGUCUUGUUCGAAUCGCUAAUUUGUUGAUGUUGUUAUUGUAGCAAAUACAUCUAGUGCUUCCUUAUAUUAUGCUUUCAUUUUUCAAAAUGAAAGCUAUGUAGCUAAAAUUAUUGAGACGGGGGGGGGGCGAUUGCCAUAGUUUUUACCAAAAUAGCUGGCGGCUAUGAGCAAGUGCCCUAAAGAGAGGCAUUCACCAUUCAUCAUUCUUUAAGGCACUUGCUAAGAACAUGGCGGACUGAAAACAUCCCUCACGCUAAAUUAACGUGAAGUGAGACCUCUGUAUGUACUAAGUACUCUGUGGCCACGCCCAACGACCAAAUAUAGUACAAUGUGCAAACCAUCACUGCAUAGAAGAUAACGACUUUUGUAAUUUGCGUUUGACAGCAGCUCAUCAAGAAGCAAUGAUACUUGGCGCUCAUCCCUAUCCAGCUGCACCAGGUAUUUUAUCUUUUGGAGCUUGUAUAUCAAUUAACAUCUUGAUCCACCAAUCAGUAACAGUCUAUUACUUCAAAAUUUGUUUCAUAAAGGAAUUCCUCUGAACAAUCAAAAUGUUGCCAUACCAAGACAACCGUCUCAAGCUGGCAUUCAACAAGUUUUGAAAGCAUUGCCACCAUCCAAAGCACAGUAAGUCAUUCAGAAAAUAGAUUUGCGGGUUAUGAUAAAGUGAACUUGAAAGAUUUUUGCUCUUGACUGGUUAGCUCUUGACUGGUUAGCUCUUGACUGGUUAGCUCUUGACUGGUUAGCUCUUGACUGGUUAGCUCUUGACUGGUUAGCUCUUGACUGGUUAGCUCUUGACUGGUUAGCUCUUGACUGGUUAGCUCUUGACUGGUUAGCUCUUGACUGGUUAGCUCUUGACUGGUUAGCUCUGUUGGUUGGAGCGCUGCACCGGAAUCACAGUGUCACGGGUUCGAUUCCUGCCAGAGGACCUAGUGUUGCAUUUUUCGCAACCGUUCCUGGUUAGGUUUUAACUUUUAAAUUGUAUAUAUAUAUGCAUUCAGAAAAUACCCUUGGAUUGCGCCUCAAGACGUGCCUUUCACAUUGAAAGUUAGGGAUGCACCGGAACCGGUUUUUUAAGUUCCGGCCGGAACCGGAUCCGACCGGAACUGGAAAAAAGUUCCGGCCGGAACCGGAACUAAUUUAUUAAACCAUAUAUAGUCAUAUGUUACUUUGUCCGCUGCCAGACAAGCAGACACUUCAAAUCAUCAAGUAGAGAGUUCGCAAAUGUCAGAAUAAAAAGACUGACAAACGUUAAACGUCAUAAUGAAGUGUUAAUAGUGUACAUUUCCCUUGCGUAGUCCAACUUUCUUCCUACUGUGACCUUUUGUUAGACACAAAAACGUUUGAUAUUCUAUCUCUCUGAAAACGACAGAGUUCCGGUUCCGGCCAUGCUUUUUUUACUAGUUCCGGCCGGACCCGGAACUCUAAAAAGUCGGGGUUCCGGCCGGAACUAACCGGCCGGAACCGAGUUCCGGUGCACCCCUAUUGAAAGUUGGAUGUCCAUUCAGUACAAAAUGUUAUAGUUCAAUCAUUUAAUAAAAAUGUCUACAUGUCUGCUCAACCAUAUGAUGAAAUUUGUGCUUCUUGACAGCUUUCAAUUUAAAACAAAAUGAUCGCGCAACAUUUUGAACUGAAUGGAAAUCCACUCAAAAGUUUUAAAGAUUGUGGAUUUUUUCCACUGACACCUUCCCCAGAAUGUUGUUCGACUUAAAUUCUGUAUGACGUUGUAAUGAUUGUGACAUUUGUGUUGUUAGAAUAUCACCUUCCCCAGAAUGUUGUUCGACUUAAUUCUGUAUGACGUUGUAAUGAUUGUGACAUUUGUGUUGUUAGAAUAUCACAAUCUGUAUUUAUUUAUUAAUUCUGUAUGAUGUUGUAAUGAUUGUGACAUUUGUGUUGUUAGAAUAUCACAAUCUGUAUUUAUUUAUUAAUUCUGUAUGAUGUUGUAAUGAUUGUGACAUUUGUGUUGUUAGAAUAUCAUAAUCUGUAUGUGGCCAAACAAACUAUCUUUUCUUUGCCAAAAUCUGAACCUUGCAACCAUUUUCUUUGACAGAAUUGAAGCUGGUAAACAGACUCCAGGUGUGUCAGAGAUCAGAAAACAAGCACUGAUGUCUGGAGGGAUUGAAAGACUAGCUGGUCCUUCGAAAGCAUUAGUACCAUCAGACAAGAUGUCGUCAUCAGCUAUCGUUCAGAAACGAGCUCUUACCAUGCCGAAACCAGAGUGGCAUGCACCUUGGAAAUUAAUGAGGGUACGAUUACAGUAGAUCUAUAAUGGAUAUAAAAUUGUGUUUUUUAUUACAAAUCUGUAUAGCCUGAUUCCAUUUAGCUGCCCUGACCAAGUCAUCGUCCCAUGAUGAGAAAUGGUGUGGAUAUAUGUUGUAUGGAAAUCUUUGACUGAUUGCAGAUAUAUAUCAACACUCCAUUACAUUGGUCACUUUGACAUGGUUGUGGAACCCAUGACCAAACUGAAAGCAUGCAGGCUUAAAAUUAAAACCUCAGAUUUAAUGUGUACCGCUAUGUUGUUCAAUUGGGGCUUUUCGGUGGCACAAUCGUCAGAGCAACUGCCUUUUACCUCUGAGAUCCUGGCUUCGAUUCUCGCUAUAGACACAUGACUUUUAUGUGAAAACCCUCUGGUGAAAACCAGAGGCGUAGCUAGGAUUUAGUCAGGGGGCAACAAAAACCUAGGUGGGGCCAGGCUUCACUUAUAUACUUUGUAGAAUGAAUUUUCUCAGGAGGGGCCCAAAUUUUACCAGGGGAGCCUGGGCCCCCCUGCCCCGCCUACGCCUCUGGUGAAAACGGUCUACCAAUAGUCUCCUGGUACCCCGGUUGUCUCCUACAGGGAAUAUUGAGAAGAGCCACCAAUUAAAACAAGUUUGGCUGAAAAAAAUUACUAGGAUUUGACUUCACCGCGAGUAUAAAAAUUACAAACGAAAUUUCUAUUGUAUAUGCCAGCAGGCACGCGAGAUCUUUCUCAGGUUCACAGUUGAGCGAGUUGUUUGUCUGUAAGAAAGUCCUUGCUUCGAUUGCUACCACAGUCUUUCUAACAACUGUAACACGUGUCUGUGUAUUAUGUAGGUAAUCAGUGGUCAUACAGGCUGGGUUCGCUCUGUCGCUGUAGAACCUGCGAACAAAUGGUUCGCCACAGGAUCUGCUGAUAGAACAAUUAAGGUAACAUGUUUAGUAUUAGCCUGGUAGGGUUUAGCAGCGGGCGGCGAGAUAUGCAGGCUAGUUUAAUAUCUAUUGUUUGGUUUCAUCACAGGCGGCCAGAUGGUGAUCGACUUCAGAUCCAUAUUGACACAAGAAAAUUUAAAGGAUAUUUUUGUUUAGUUCUAUUUAUUUACCAUCAAAUACUUACAAGAAAAAGACUUAACAUUAUUUUCUGACUAGCGCUUAGUGAAAGGACAAGAAAAGAUAGUUGCAGUGACCAUCAAAUGCCGUUUAACAUGAGCCCCAGGUGUCAAGCGUGACGAUUUUAGCUUUAUGUGUCUAGCGUAACGAAAACGCCUUGAAUGUCGGAACUGCCUGUCCACUCAUUUGACAUAACAUUUCAAAUACGACUCUGAGGAUUGGACUAGAUUUCAAGUCCGCGCGAUUUGAUCAAGUCCGAGGCGAAGCAGAGGACUGGACUAGAUUUCAAGUCCGCGCAAUUUGAUCAAGUCCGAGGCGAAGCAGAGGACUGGACUAGAUUUCAAGUUCGCGCGAUUUGAUCAAGUCCGAGGCGAAGCAGAGGACUGGACUAGAUUUCAAGUCCGCGCAAUUUGAUCAAGUCCGAGGCCUGCCUCCUCCGCAGGCCCUCGUUGCGUCAUGGGAAGGUCACGAUCUGGCGAGGGCCUGCGGAAUCUUGUAAAAAAAAUGGCGCCGGCGUCACGUCAGCAAGUAAAUUUCUACAUAAUCUUGAACAUAAACAGAUAUAAAAAAGCGGCGUGAAACUUGUAAAUUAAACUGGCUACUCUUAGGAUGUGGAAGGAAGCAUUUUUUAACGAUAAGGUUUGUUGUCCACACCAACGUUGCACGAAUAAAACUGCCUUCUUCGACGAAGCAGGUUCAAAACAACAUUUAUUCAUUUUACAAGAUUCCGCAGGCCCUCUCGAAAGCGUGACCUUCCCAUGAGACAACGAGGGCCUGCGGAGGAGGCAGGUCCGACGCGAAGCAGAGGACUGGACUAGAUUUCAAGUCCGCGCGAUUUGAUCAAGUCCGAGGCGAAGCAGAGGACUGGACUAGAUUUCAAGUCCGCGCAGUUUGAUCAAGUCCGAGGCGAAGCAGAGGACUGGACUAGAUUUCAAGUCCGCGCAGUUUGAUCAAGUCCGAGGCGAAGCAGAGGACUGGACUAGAUUUCAAGUCCGCGCAGUUUGAUCAAGUCCGAGGCGAAGCAGAGGACUGGACUGGAUUUCAAGUCCGCGCAGUUUGAUCAAGUCCGAGGCGAAGCAGAGGACUGGACUAGAUUUCAAGUCCGCGCAGUUUGAUCAAGUCCGAGGCGAAGCAGAGGACUGGACUAGAUUUCAAGUCCGCGCAGUUUGAUCAAGUCCGAGGCGAAGCAGAGGACUGGACUGGAUUUCAAGUCCGCGCAGUUUGAUCAAGUCCGAGGCGAAGCAGAGGACUGGACUAGAUUUCAAGUCCGCGCAGUUUGAUCAAGUCCGAGGCGAAGCAGAGGACUGGACUAGAUUUCAAGUCCGCGCAGUUUGAUCAAGUCCGAGGCGAAGCAGAGGACUGGACUGGAUUUCAAGUCCGCGCAGUUUGAUCAAGUCCGAGGCGAAGCAGAGGACUGGACUAGAUUUCAAGUCCGCGCAGUUUGAUCAAGUCCGAGGCGAAGCAGAGGACUGGACUAGAUUUCAAGUCCGCGCAGUUUGAUCAAGUCCGAGGCGAAGCAGAGGACUGGACUAGAUUUCAAGUCCGCGCAGUUUGAUCAAGUCCGAGGCGAAGCAGAGGACUGGACUGGAUUUCAAGUCCGCGCAGUUUGAUCAAGUCCGAGGCGAAGCAGAGGACUGGACUAGAUUUCAAGUCCGCGCAGUUUGAUCAAGUCCGAGGCGAAGCAGAGGACUGGACUAGAUUUCAAGUCCGCGCAGUUUGAUCAAGUCCGAGGCGAAGCAGAGGACUGGACUAGAUUUCAAGUCCGCGCGAUUUGAUCCGAGGUUGAAAUCUCAUAAGAAUAAAUCACUACUCAAAGUGAAGUGAAUUAAUUUUGAUCCAGUCCUACACGCGUAAAAAUUGAGAAAAUCAACAACUUGUUCCAGGUUGAUAUCAAGAGGCGUGAACAAGGUUGUGCGGCCCACUAUGAACAGUAUUGUCAACAUGUUGUUACAGCAUUGUUUAACUGUAACAGCUUGGAACAACAUGGUUGACAACUUGUUCAUAGUUGGCCGCACAACAUUGUUCACGCCUGUCGAUAUCGACUUGGAACAACCUGUGCGUUUUUAGCCGUGUAUAGGAAUCAAUAUACUUCAUCAGAUAUCCAUUGUUAUCAUGUGAGCAAAAUAAAGCAAUAUAGUUGGCUAAUUUAUCAUGAAUUAUUGAUGAUUUGAGAUAAAUAAAGAAGAGAUGACCCAUACUGAACCUCUAGGGAGAACAGUUUAGAAGUAUUAGAAGUAUCCAAUACAGCAUAUACUGUAUAAAAAGUUAGUGUAGUUUAGCUUCUGAUAUUUGUACUAUGUCUAUGAUUACAGAUCUGGGACUUGGCCAGCGGUCGUUUAAAGCUUUCACUAACUGGACAUAUCAGCACCGUGCGAGGACUGGUCGUUAGUACUCGACAUCCAUAUUUAUUUUCUUGUGGUGAAGACAAACAAGUGAAAUGUUGGGACUUGGAAUACAAUAAGGUCAGAACUGCUUUGAAAAACCACGGCUGUGUAUUGUAGGAUACUAUCUACAACCAGGGCCAUAGCUAUAAUAUAUAUCAGGUACCUUUUAAUAUAACGAUCUGGUAUAAUAACUUUAUUAGCAUGACCAACAGUUACAGGUAUUGCUAAAGCUUUAACUACAAUAACUAAACAUACAAACUAAAGGUAACUACUAUAGGCUAAAUAUUCAUGUUUACAUACCGUAAAAACAAUCGAUUUCAAAAGAAAUCCGUCGAGCAGAACGCGGAUAUAUGAAUAUACCCCCCCCCCCCACCCCAAUUAUCGUGUCUAGCUACGGCCCUGCCUGCAACUACCUACACUGAACCCUGACGUUUGAGAUAUUUUUUCAGGUAGUUCAAACACAAACCACGGCAGCUUGUUGUAGAAUACUACCUACACUGGACCACUAUGUUUAAGAUGCAUAUUAAGAACAAUUUAGCGCGGUAGAAUUCCACUUUUGUUAUUAGCAUAAAUUACGUGCAAUGCAAUGUUGUCUCAUGUUGUGUUUCAGGUUAUUCGUCACUAUCACGGUCAUCUCAGUGCUGUUCAUGAUAUCUCACUGCAUCCUACUAUUGAUGUUCUAGUCACGUGUGGUCGUGACUCAACUGCCAGGGUAAUGUCUCUCAUCUUUAUUGUACCACUCUUUAUUAUAAUGCCAAGAUGCAACUUUGUCUGCUAGUAAAAUGGACACGCGGUAUUCCCGUGAAAGGAUCUUGGUCUCACAGUGGUUAGUAUCUUUCACCUCUACAUGUCAUCAGGGUUCCUGCACUAUGCAGUUAUCUGACAAUAAUUUCGCCUCAUGUGAGAAGAAUGCUUCCAGUUCUACCAAACACCACAAGUUACUGACAGUUCCCAUAUUAACACUGAACCAAGAGGGUUAGCUCUUACUGAAAAACCCCAGACACAACUGAUAAAGCAAUCCAGUAUAAAUAAUAAAGAUUCUUUAGUUUAGAUGUAGAUACAGCAAGCGCAUCCGAACUUUUCUAAUGGAACUUCAAUUCUAGGUUUGGGACAUGCGUACAAAAGCUUGUAUUCAUACUUUUGCUGGGCAUACCAACACAGUCGCUGUAGUACGAACACAAGCAGCUGAACCACAGGUAAUGUUUGUUGUGUAGGCGUUUAUUGUAAGUUUCCGUGGUUGCUGAAUUUCCUGAAAAGAAUAAACAAACAUCAUCUCACAAUUUAAGCGAAGUCAUUUCGUCAGGAGAUAAGUAAAUGUUACCCUGUGCCAUACAUGUAUGGGUUUUUCCUGGAACUUUUGGUCAGUUAGGAUCACCAAUAUCUACACAACUUUAUAUUUUUGUCACGUGAUGUUUUUAUAUCCUUAGUAUAAAAGCUCAUGUAUUUUUCCCGAACUCCAGGAGAUAAAGGGCCUCGAAACGUCGAAAUUCUCCUUAUAUUUUUCAGGUAGUUGCAUCACUACCAACGAAAGCUUGUUUCUAUUUAUACCAACUUUUAUACUAUAGGUUAUAUAAUAUAUAUAUAAUAUAGGUUAUAUACUGUAGGUUAUAUAAAAAACCAUGACCAGCCGACAAUUUAAAAAAAGUAAAGUAAAAAACAAAUUCCGAAAAACCCAGACAUCUUGAGAAUUCAAUAUAUGAUUCAAAAUAAGACGCAGGUUGAGACUGUCAAUUUUCGACUUUAUUUUUUCAAAGUCAUCUUCAGAUAGAAGAUGACUUUGAAGGAAAGUCGAAAAUUUACAGUCUCAACCUGCGUCUUGUUUUGAAUCAUAUAUUGUAUUCUCAAGAUGUCUUACAAUAUUUUCUAUCUUGAUCUGACAUCUAAUCAAGAGCGUAAAAUGAACUCUGCAAGAUGUGUUCUCAUAUAAUCUUGAAUGGUCUGAGUAGGUAUUGCCAACUACAAGAAAGCUGCAGAUUGAUACAACUACCUGAAAAAUACAAGGAGAACUUCGACGUUUUGAGCGGGAAGUAAGUCACUAACUUCACGACGAAAGGCCUUCGCUCCUUGUAUUUUUCAGGUAUAGUUGUACCCCUAUUCAUCCGAAAUUCUCUAACACAGUCUAUAUCAUGUAUACUAUUACAUACUGUUCAACACUCCAACCUUUACUAUCAUAAUGACAUCAUGGAUUUGGCUCGUCAACUAAGCUAAAUUAAAUUAAUACAUUGAGACAUCCUAACAUAACCAAACGAAAGAAACAGAAAUGUUUUGGUAUUCCCCAGGUAAUCACAGGAAGCCAUGAUUGUACGAUACGUCUGUGGGAUUUGGCUGCUGCGAAAACUAAAGCAACGUUAACCAAUCACAAGAAAAGUAUUCGAGCCAUGGCGUUACAUCCAACACAGUAAGUCGUUUGUUGUGAACGUUGAAAUACAAAGCACUAACACUGAUGUACAGUGGUCAGUUGUUCAAAGCUGGGUAAGCUGAACCCUAAUUGGUUCACCUAAAAUUCCAAGCAAACUGCCCAAUAGCUUGUUUAUAAAUUUGGAAAUAUUUCUUCAAAGAUCUUGUCUGGAUCAGUAUAGGAGUUUUCUUAAGACUCUGAAGUUGUGAAAUAAACAGAUGUGCAGAAAUGCAUAAACUGAAACAGCAGGUUAACGAUUUUAACCCAGAGACGGGCCAGAGUUAGCGCUAAUCCAGCUUUGAACAACCAGCCCCAGGAGUAGAAUUUAUAUAACUGGUUUUAAUUAUAAAACUCUGUUGCCGGAUUUAUAUUUCCCGUCUUAGACGAGUUUUUCGUCUUUAAUGUGAAUUCGGCUAAUUAUUCCGUUAGUGGGAUUUCAGCCAAUUUUUGAGUAUCACUCUCACUGGUCUGUGAUGAAUCCAUCAAUCCUAUGAUUACAGAAUAUAUAAUUCAGUAUUAAUUAAGCUUACAAUGUAAUCCCGCUAAUUUCCCAACCACUAUUUGUUUAGAUAUGCAUUUACUUCAGCCUCUCCAGAUAAUAUAAAACAAUGGAAGUUUCCUGAUGGCAAUUUCUUGCAAAAUUUUACGGGACAUAAUUCUAUUAUCAACUGUAUGGCAGUGAACUCUGAUAAUGUUCUCGUUACUGGAGGUAUGUAUGAGUCGAUGCAAUCCGGGGGGGGUGAUUGAGAUGCUAUUACACAAGUUCGUAUGAACAGUAUAGCGUAGAUUGAAUAGCGCAAGCGAUUGUUCAUUCGUAUAGAAAAUGAAGUUAUUUAAACUAGAGCUGCUCGUUUCUAUAUGCCGUUACUGACAUGUCUGCGACAAUAAUCUCUGGUUACUGUAUACACACUCUGACUAAAUAUUUAAUUGCUCCAUUUCACAUUUCUCUCAAAUCUUCUCUCACCCAUUUUGUCGACAUAGCUUUUGCUUACGUAAAUGGUGAUAUAUCCAGGUCAUAUCUAGGAUAGCAUGUUCAGUCAUGUUACUUUGUUAAAGGUCAUAUUUGUUCGUAGGUGACAAUGGUUCAAUGUAUUUCUGGGACUGGAAAACUGGAUAUAAUUUCCAGAGGUUCCAAGCUACAGUUCAACCUGGUUCUCUCGAUAGUGAAGCUGGAGUGUUUGCAAUGACGUUUGAUCAUAGUCAGAGUAGAUUGAUCACGUGUGAAGCUGAUAAAACUGUCAAGAUAUACAAGGAAGAUGAUACAGCGGUAAGUCAUUUAAAGUCGCUAACAUGGGGAAUGGUCUGUGCUAGUGUAGGUAGUGCCAAGA